UCAAGUGAAUUGAAACACCAAUAUAGAAUUCGUCCCGCUCCUUUUCGCCAAAUUUCAUUCUAUCCUCGGAUAUAUACAGCAUAUCUCCCGUCGAAUCCCAUCCGCAGGUGCAAAACAGGCGCAUCAACAAAAGUCUCAUACAAUAAUCAGUCAAACCAAACGCAAAGAUAAUCACAAUCGCAAGACAAGUACAAGCAAUCGUAAUCGCAUCGCAUCGCAACCAUGGAAACAGACGCAUCCAACAUUCCACUCCCUACAAACGAAGAUCUUUCACCCACAGAACAAGAUUUACUAGAUGAAUAUGAACGAUUAGCAGAGAACAUGAAGACUGUCUGUUUUUCCUCUCUUCCUCUUUCUCUCCCCUCCAAUCCCUCUUGCAUUCCUCCUCCGAACUAACAGUCAAUUUAUAUAAUAGCUAGCGCAUACACUCGAAACUCUCUCGAAUAAUCCGACGGCUUUUAUACUUGAUAAUUUGCGCCAGUUGGAACGGAAGACUAGUUUGGUUUUUACGUUGUUGAAAGCGAGUGUUUAUAGUAUUGUUUUGCAGCAGCAGAUUAGUGAGGAGAGGGGUGGUGGGGAUGAAGGGGAUGGUGGGAGUGAGGAGGGGGGGAGGAGAGGUAUGAGUAGAGUGUGGAGAGAGUACAGGAGAGGAUGUUACGGCGUGAAGGGUAGUUAUGUGGAAAGAUUGGAGGUAAUUGUGUCUCAUACCGGGGAAUGACCGGCAUAAAGAGACAUGCACAACUUGUUGGGAAGGAACCAAUUCCAUCUGCAUGUGUGAAUCUUGGGGCAAAAGACUCGAGAUCGAUUGAAGCUUUGAGGGUAUCGAUUGAGUUACCUCUCGCUAUACUAGUACUGGGCAUUUCGUAGAGAAAUGAAGUUUGGCACGGAAAAGCAAGAUGUGAUAGGAGAGAGGGUAGAUGGGGAUAGGAUAUAUUGAUCCUUUUCCCGAUAUUUUGAAUCAUGGACAAUGGA